UGCAGGAGUGAGGAUUCAAAUUAAGUGUGUUUGACUUCAGAGCCCCCACUUUUAACCACUAAAUUAACUUAAUCCAUGUGGAGGUGCCUAAAAAGGCAGUACUGUGAGUGACUAUUUGCACCGAGUAGCAGGAUGGUACUGCCUGAAACCGUGUCUUAAUGACACAGCUUGCCAGAUGAGCUUUCCCUACCAGAGAUGGUCUGUUCUCCCAUCCUGGUAGAGUGAUUUAGUUCUUCCCCUGAAUGGUCUCCUCUCUGUCCCCUGAGCAAACUGACCCUCAUCCCCAUCCCCUUUCCACAGUGGUUUCUUAAUUUUCUUCUCCCCAACUAAUUCCUUUUUCUACCAACAAUGAAGUUCCUUCCCAACUUUCCCGGGAGAAUAUUCCCACCGACCUACCCCUGCUGGGUCUCUGCCUACGUCUCAGAAAGGGGCGUCUUUUGGUUCCCCUCCGGCGGCAAAACUAGUUUGUGCACCCAACGUCCUGACAGAAUGAACUCGACCCUCCCGGGCUCCCUCCCGCCCGCCCUCCGGCCGACGCUCACAGGGUCCUUGGCCACGGUGAAGAGGAGGUCUCCCUCGCGGUUAUACUUAAUCUGGGUAAUGGACCGCUCAUGGCCCUGCAGCAGGAUCGGCUUCUGUAGGGACAGGACGGGAGUGUCAGUGCUCGGAAUCGGGCCCCUGCCCCAGGCCAGAACCCCCACCACAACACCCCCAACUCUGUGGAACUCACCAUCCCGGCGGUGACGGCGCUGGCAGAGCGGCAACGUGAGUGGGACCGGAAGAGGAUAGUGUGCCACUUCCGGAUUGUGGGUCUCCGCCCCCCUCGUUCCCGGAAGUAAAAGGGAGCGGCGUUGCCAUGGCGGCCUCACUUGGGCAGGUGCUGGCUCUCGUGCUGGUGGCCGCUCUAUGGGGUGGCACGCAGCCGCUGCUGAAGCGGGCCUCCACCGGCCUGCAGCGCGUUCAUGAGCCAACCUGGGCCCGGCAGUUGCUGCAGGAGAUGAAGACCCUCUUCUUGAAUACUGAGUACCUGAUGCCCUUUUUCCUCAACCAGUGUGGCUCCCUUCUCUACUACCUCACCUUGGCAUCAACAGAUCUGACCUUAGCUGUGCCCAUCUGUAACUCUCUGGCCAUUGUCUUCACGCUGAUUGUUGGGAAGGUCCUUGGAGAAGAUAUUGGUGGAAAACGAGCAGUCGCUGGCAUGGUGCUCACCGUGACAGGAAUUACACUCUGCAUCACAAGCUCAGUGAGGAAGACCCAGGGGCAACCGUCUACCCUUUGAAUAGGCCGACCCCUGCCUCCAGCUCUGCCAUCUCCAGGAAGCCCCUGGGCCGUGAGGUGCAGGCAGGGAGCAGAUGGACCUAGCACUUCCCUCUCUGAGCCUCAGCGUCCUCAUCUCUUAUGGGGAUAAUAGCUACCUCGUGGAUCGCAGUAAGAGAACAAGAGUGAAAAGUUUUUGUAAACUUCAAGUGGUGUUCACCUGCUGGGAUUGAGCACACGAGACUUUAUGCUUAUCCUCAGCAACCUUCACGCCCAGCAGCUUCCUGUUGUCAUCUCAGGCACCAGCCCAGCCACCAUGACUAUGGCCUCAUCUGGACUAUGAGAGUGGCAGAUUCAAUGGGCUUCGGCAUGGAAGGGCCAGAAAUGCAAAUAGGAGGCCUGGGCACUCGAUCCCAGGGCCACAACUGGCUGAGGGGUGGGAUUGAGGGGAAGAAGGUGCAUCACUGUGGCAAACAUAGGAGAGGAGCUUUCCGUCCACCUUGCCUGUCCCAGCUGUGAGGUGGGCAGAAAUCCUCACUGCCAGCCCCUCUUAAACAGGUAGACAACUCAGCCCCAGCACUGCCUCUCUCCAGCACCCAGUGCAACACCUGGCAAGUGGCAGCCUUCAAUAAAUCUGUAGUAAACAGACA